AUGGCGACAUCAUUCUCUUCAAUAUCCAGGCAGGAGGUGACGGCCCUUCUACGGCAAGUUCAAGGGAAUCAGCUGUUGAACCGCCAGCUCUCCUCCGUUUGCCAAGUCAAUGGCCUGAAAAGCACAGGCGUGAAAGCCGAGCUGCAGCGCCGCAUCGUCGACUUGAUACAAGAAACUGUCAAUGCCAACGAUGUGUCGCGCUUCCAACAAGUCCGGCAAAGCAUCACCAAUGCUGUCUUGCAACGAUCGAGUCCAUCGUCCAAAGCGUCCGUGCAACGGAGCACCUUGGCUACGAACCAAGGUCAUCCCACCACGCAGUUCACAACACCAAUGACUUCUUUCAAUCAAGGGACCAGUCCCUACCAGCAGCGGCUGCCCCAUGGGACCAGUUCUGCCGUAAACGGCCGCGCCUUGCACAGCACAUUCGCUACGCCAAGCGGCAAUAUAAUCUUCCACUCCAGCCCUUUUUACCGUAUCGAAUCCGCAGUUAGCAACUUGCGGACGUGUGAGACAAUGGCACAACACAGGAAUUCCAUAAAUAUACCAAUCAAAGUCGGUGAUCAUCCAGCACUCCAACAAUGUCGAAAUAACUCGCCAUACAGAGUCAUGAUCUUUUGUGCUGCUGACGUAUCUGGGGUCCAAAAUAUUUCAUUCCCACACCAGUCAGAAUUAAGAGUCAACUCAAAGGAGAUCAAAGCGAAUUUGCGUGGCUUGAAGAAUAAACCAGGGUCUACUAGACCAGUUGACAUCACGACAGCUCUUCGCCUAGAGGAUCCUCGGUAUCCCAAUAACGUCGAGUUCACAUAUGCUCUAACUAACAAGAAAUAUUACCUUAUCGCAAAUGUUUGCAAGGUCACAACAGUAAAAGAGCUAGUCUCUAUCAUAUCCACACGCCGCCGGAUACCAAAGGAAUCUGUUAUUGCUGAAUUCAACAGAAAGGCUCAGGACCCGGACGUCGUAGCAACGUCUCAGGUUUUGUCACUAAAAUGCCCCCUCUCGUACAUGAGAUUAGACGUUCCCUGUCGCAGCUUGAGCUGCACUCAUAUCCAGUGCUUCGACGCCACAUCGUACCUCCAGCUCCAAGAGCAAGGCCCGCAAUGGUUAUGUCCAAUUUGCAAUAAGUCUGCUCCUUUCGAGCAACUCGCGGUAGACGAAUACGUCCGAGAUAUUUUGGCAAAUACACCAAGUGAUCUCGAGAAUGUGACGAUCGAACCAAACGGCCAUUGGGCGAUGAAGACAUCUCGCGAUGAGAACCUGAAAUCCAAUGGCACCACAUUUGAAGACGACGAUGACCUCGAGAUCUCAGAAAUUAGCAUCGUUAGCCGUCGGUUGGAAACACCCAAGACUAACACACCAAUCAUCGGAACUCCGGCGUCUGGUGGAAGGGACAGCUCAGCAAGUGCGCCGCGCGGCAUUGCCACCACAAGCGCGAAGCGGCCUGCUGCGGCGGUCAUUGACCUCACAUUGUCGUCUGAUGAUGAGGAGCCAACCCAAAGGCCACGGAAGAGACAAAACACUUCAGCGACCGGUUUCCAGGCUUCCAAUGGCAUGAGCUUCCUGAACGAAGCCCCCAUACGCUACCCACAUAGCUAG